CGAAGCGAGGGGUUUCUGGGGCUGCGCUCGAUGUCGUGCGACCACUGACGCGGCACAUCAUGUGAUGGCAUCGUCAAGUAUGGGCCCCCGGGUUCGGCCUUAUUUUCUGAUCCUUUCGCUCGCUCGAGGGUUACGGCUGUUUAUCCCGACGACUUUCACGAUUACGGCCGAUAAGGCGACGAAAAGCGAGGCCGACGACAACGGCACACUGGAAAGCGACUCUGACCUCACUUGUUACUGACGAAGUACCUUUUCACUGUUCGUUUCCGAUUCACAGAAGAAGCAACGCGACAUAGCUGUGCCAUCGCAACUGGCACCGCAGCACAGCAUCAUCAUCAUCGUCACGCCAUAUCAGAUCAUCACCAUCACCACCGUCAACACCGUCACCACCAAAAAAAUGGCAUCAGGCACGUUCGCAGGCCCAAGCACAGGCGCCAGCACCACAGACCCAAAACGGGCGCUGCUGCUCCUCGCACCGUUGGCCUCAUCGACGGCGUCGCUCGUCUUCGGAUGGGACCAGCAGCUGUUCCUGUCGCUACUCGCAAGGUCGACGCACGGCGAGGCCACGCUGCCGGGGUACUGGCGGGCGCUGUUCCCGCGCGGCGUGGCGAGAGUGCUGGCGCUGCUGGCCGUGACGGCGGGGGCGUCGGCGGGCGCGGCGUUGGCACACGGCGGGAUGCUGGCGCGGAGGGGCGCGCUGGGGUGGUAUGUCGCCGCGGGGGCGCUGGCGCUGGGGCACCUGGGGUUCGUGCCGGCGGUGGCGGGGCGGAUCAGGGAGUUGGUGGAGAGGGAUGGGGAGGAGGGCACGAGUAGUAGUACAGGUCGUUCUGCUAGGGCUGCUGCUGUGGCGGAUCUGGGUAGUGGUGAUGAUGUUGAUGCUGAUAAGAAGGGAGAGGCCGGGAGAAGCAGCGGCAGCGGCAAGAGUCCAAAGUCCAACGUGGAGCUGCAGAGGGAGUGGCUGCGCAUCAACCUCGCGAGGACGCUGACGACGGACCUGGGCGCGUGGGUGUGCGCCUUUGUGGCGGCGGUUAAGACGUUUUCAUAGAUGUUGCCCUAUGCCAUGGGACCUUUACAACAAUGGUUCUAAUGCCGACGACUGUGUGUCUUCUUGAAGCCC